AUGGCAGAUUUCAUGGUACUUGGGACCGGCCACAGAAGCCGAAUCAAGCCCGAUACCAUUGCCUGGUCGACCACCUGUAAGGCCAGUGCUGUGGUCCAUGAUGGCAGCGCCCAAAAGGACACGGGUUGGAUCUGGGCUUGGAACCAGGCCUGA